AUGGUUACGACCACAAUUAACGUGGAAACUGAUGUCCGACGUCGGUACAAUCGACGAGUACUUUUUUGCAUUCGAAUUAAGGGAGCUGCCUUGUUACUUGGUUUUUGGGAUCUAUUGAUUCAUUCGGCAGCACUAUGUGCGUUGAUUUUCAUGUUUGGCCGAACAUCGCAAUCGAUGCAUAUGCUCCCAUCAGCUAGUAAUGAAGUGUCUCAUCAACUGCCCAUGACGCUGGUUGAUCCUCACGAACAUCCAGUAAAACGAGUGGAAAAUCAUCCUGAACCACAGAUCAAUGCACGCAAUUUUUAUUCACAUUUGGAUUUUAUGACAUUUAAAUGGGCACAAUCGCUCAGUCAACAAGACAAAUGUGUGGUUUUCUUUGUGAUUUUUUCCGCAACAGUUCUCAUCUUAGCACACAUAUGUGGUGUUUUGACCAAUAAACCGUCGUAUAUCGUUCCAUAUUUUUUAAUCAAAGUAUUCAAUGUCAUCGUAUCCAUUCUGUCGAUGUUAGGUUUCUAUGCAUACUUACCUGACAUCACAAUUUGGCUUCGAAUGCAACCUGAGUUUCCUUUCAAGCACUACCUGCUCGAACUCGACGGUCAAACUCUUCAACUGGUCGUAUUCACUCUUCUUUUAUUCAUUAUUCUCGCUAAACUCUACAUCGCUGCUAUCGUCUGGUAUUGUUAUGGAUAUAUAACAGCAUUGAACAUGGCACGCGCUAUCGGCACCAUCACUGCUCAUGCAGACAGUCCACAACCAAUUCUGGGUGGAAUGUAUUCACCACCUAAAUAUGAAGAAGCAAUUAAAGCGAAUCCGCAACAAGAAGAAGAUUAUGCACCGCCUCCGUAUACACCCUUACUCUCAUCUUAA